ACGAAACAAAGUCCAGCUAUCAACUCCUCUUCUUUUCCUUUCAAAAGAAAAAAGGACGCCUCUUCUCUUGGGCGGAUUUCUUUCUCUGCGGGGAUUUCGUCGAAGGGAUCGAGAGCGGCGGGCGGUUACGGAAGCAGAUCGAUCGCGAUGAACUGCGAGACCUGCCAUCUGAAUGAACUGGAGCUUGAGCCCCGGGAGAUCAAAGAUGUGCUGCGAUGCAUUUUGCACACGAUAUUCUUUCAUCGAACACUUACCCUUGUCCGGCCUAAAGAUGUUGACUGUGAGCGCUUCCAGAUAACCUAUGUUCAGUGUGGACUUCCAGACUUAGAAAAGGAGGUCGAUGAAAAGAUCAACCAGUUCAUAGCUUGGGCAGAAAAGCAUCCAAAUCGGAGAAGCCAGGUGUGCCUAUCGUUCUUUGAUGAAAAGAAUAAACACCCAGGCUGGUUCAGCAAUAAGACUGAGAGGAUUUACUGGGAACAAUGGUUUAUCAAUUUGCAUGUCAUAAGCCCUAAAGGACAUGGCAAACAACAUAGCUCCAAAGCGCAAACAAAUAUUACAGGAGAAGCAUCGGAACAGGCCAGCUCAAGACAUGAUGCGCUGGGGUCGCUGAUCCAAGAAGUCCUGUUCCAGAUCAUAAACUACGCGAAUGAGAAAAAAGAUCACAUUCCUCCAAUCUCUGACAGGAUAUUCAAUCAUGAGAUUUCGAUCCCCAGGUGACACCUUUUCCUUGGACGUGUGUUGACAGCUCAUCUGAUUCUGUAUUCGGGUGGAACGCCGACGUUCUCCGGAGAGCGCUGAGUAGUGGACAUUCCUACUCAUUGAACUGAAGAUCUUUUCUAGAAACAGCACUGAGCUGAGAUGGCAAUGCUGGUGUGCUAAGCUUGGAGCUGUUAUAGAAGAUGUACUUGCCUCCCGGCGAUCAUCCGGUUGAAGAUGUCUAUCCAUCAUCAGAGCUGGAAUGUGUACUGAACAACGUAGAUCGAUGGAGAAAGGACUUCGUUACCGUGUAGUUAUACUUAUCGAUCUGUGACCAAAAAUAUGUGUAUACACGUACUCAGGAAUCAGGAUCUUAGUUGCAGUGGAUCUUCGGUGUGCUGAUUGCUUGAUGAAACUUUUGGAGUCAGGUUCUUCAUCCGGGUGAAGAACUGGACACUGGAACUUUUGCUUUGAGCCAAGGAAUUAGAUAUGGACACUAUAGUCCCGUUGACUA